AUGAGCCACCAGCGGGAUCUUCUGGUCGUUGGUGCUGGCACGUUGGGGAGCCUGCUGAUACAGCAACACAAGGAGAAGUUUCCAGAGGCCCGUGUGGUCGCAGAGACAAGGACUGACGCCAAGCACGAGGCGCUCAAGAGCUUGGGAGCAGAGGCGAGGACGGUCUCACAAGCCGGAGACGAAAAGUUCGCAAACGUUGUGUUCUGCGCUGCUCCAGGAGGGAAUGAUAACUAUGCUGCGGAAGUAGAUCGGGCACUGAACAUGUGGUCGGGGGCUGGAAAGUUCGUUUUCACAUCGUCAGGAGGAGUUUACGCAGAGAGCUCGGGAGGAACGGUCAACGAGCAGAGCCCUGUGGCGUCAAGUGCCAGAACCCAGAAGCUGAUUGACGCAGAGAAGUGCACGACCGAGAGAGGAGGAAGCGUCCUGCGACUUGCUGGCCUCUACACGCUUGAGCGAGGGGCUCACAACUACUGGCUGAACGCAGGGAAGGUGGACGGACGACCCGACGGGUUGAUCGGGUUGGUGUCGUACGAGGACGCAGCAGCAGCAGCUCUCACGGUUCUCAGCUCUGAAAAAUCCGUGAAAGGGGAAGUGUUUGUCAUCUGCGACGGCAAGGAACAAACGCGUCAAGACAUAUGUGAGUCAGCCUUGAAGACAGCCAUGUACAGGGACAAGAAGCUGCCUGUCUUCACCACCACUGAAGGCCCCAUCGGCAAGCGCUAUGACAUCUCCAAAGCGCUGGAACUGGGUUGGAAACCAAGAUACCCAAGCUUCGAUGAGUUCUGUGACCUUCACAAGUAG